AUGGCCAACACGCCGCCCAGACGGCAGGAUGCUUCAGCGGCUCCGGCCACUUCUCCGUCCCUGCCCGCACAGUGCAAGUGUGGUUUUGGUCCAUCACCAUCACGUUGCUUCAGAGCAGCUACUCAGCCGCCAUGGCACUGGCUUAAUCGUGUGGUCAAGUGCAGAGAGGAGCAUGAGAUGAAUGAUGAAGUGGAGAUUGUGGUCAAAAUGCCUGGCAGUGGCGACUACCUUCCUGCUACCCUGCUUCGAAGCGAUACAUCCCGUGAUAUCGCGCUCCUUCGGGUUACUAACAAUGAUGAUAAGAGUAAGAUAGGGCGCUCCCCCUCACCUUUGAUGACCGAGUUUCCCCACCCGUGGGGACGGUUGUGGUGUUACUGGGUUACUUCGCUCCAGAUGGUGAGUUCAGAUGCCUUUGGAAGUGUUGCCGAGGAUGAGACAUUUAUGGAUAUUGACAAAGGGCUUGAUGAGCUGAUUAAAGCAAACUGCCCUUCAAUUGAAGGUUGUUCAGGGUCACCGGCCACUAAUAGCGGAGCACAAGGUUGUGGGUUUGCUUACUAG